UACCAGACCUUCGUUGUUGAUGAAGGAAGCCACAAUAUACACCGCUCUUCAAGGAGAAUGCGGCAUACCAAAAAUAAUGUGGUCAGGCAGGAAUCAAGAGGAAAAUAUUCUUGUUCUUGAAUUGCUCGGUCGAGACCUUCAGUAUCUACUGAAACUCUGUGGGGGAAAGUUCACAUUGAAGACAGUUCUAAUGCUGGCAAUCCAGAUGAUUCAGAUACUAGAGUGCGUGCAUUCGAAAGGGUUUUUGCAUAGGGACAUCAAACCUCACAACUUCGUUAUGGGUACAGGACAGGGAAGAAAGCAGGUAUACAUCAUUGAUUUUGGGUUUGCAAAAUCACAUCUAGACCCUGCUACCAACUGCCAUAUUCCAUCCAGGAAAACCACAUCUAUAACCGGUACUGCUCGCUAUGCAAGUUUAAACACUCAUCUUCACUAUGAGCACAGCCGUCGAGAUGAUCUGGAAUCUCUCGGUUUUGUCUUUGUGCAUUUUCUCGAAGGAAGGCUUCGUUGGCAGGGACUAGAUAGUCUCAAAGGGAUGCAGGACAAUGACAGAAUAGCUGAUAUGAAGCGUCGUCCUGAGGAUUUCUGCAUGUCUCUCCCGCCUGAGUUCCAGUCUUACUUCAACUAUUGCCGUUCCCUAGAAUUUGACCAGCAGCCUGAUUAUAAAUUCUUGAUGAACCUCUUUCUUGACUUGCUAGGUCAAAGAGGUUUCCAAAAUGAUGGCAAUUUUGAUUGGGUGGAUUUGGGAUAUGUAAAGCGAAGGACACAAGCUCCGCCUAUCAAUCCUGGAGCAGGUCCAUCAACUUAAAGGAUACAGUUGCCACCUCUAAUUUCGGCAGUUUGUAAUGUCCUGAUGAAC